GUCUGAGAUCUGGCAACUUUGACGCAUCGACGGCAUCAUGGCCAAGUCGAAGAAUCACACAGCGCACAACCAGACAUACAAGGCUCACAAGAACGGCAUCAAGAAGCCUAGGAAGGCCAGAUACUCAUCUCGCAAGGGGAUGGACCCCAAGUUCCUCAGGAAUCAGAGAUACGCAAAGAAGCACAAUCUGCCAACAAGCAAGGAGUCGGAGUAGAUGCUCGGCAGUGCCGCCAAAGGCAAGGCAGCAUCUCUUGGAUCAAAUGGCGGAUGGCGAUCAGAGCGCGUAAGGGAUGGAAGCUACGAUGUGCUCAGCAGGAUGCCAGUGUGCUGAAGCGCAGCAAGCGGUCAGCAUGCUAAAGUCAGGAUCAUUGUCUUGUGGGGGUGCCACAGCACCAUGUGUCUGAAACGCUACUUCUGCAAAUGAUCCAAGGGCUCUGUUGCUCGCUAUGGCGUCAACCGCAAUAAUGCUCAUGUAAACUCAAUUACUGCUGUGGCAUGUAAUAGUGUUCCAAACUCGAGUUCUG